UUUAGAGAAGUGAAUCUCAAAUAUCUCUAUUCAGGGAGGAAUUUACAUUUUUCAGUUAGUAGAUUGGUACCCUUCUACUUAUUGCAUCAUAUUUGGGUCCCUCUUGGAGAGUAUUGUUAUGUCUUGGGUCUAUGAUAUAGAUCAUGUCAAAGGAAACAAAUGUUGACACAGGUGUCCAGGAAAACGAACCAGCGUUGCUAGAUUCUGAAUCCAAUUCAUCAGAACUGCCGGAAAGAGCACUAUGGAGUCGGAAAAUAGAGUACCUUCUCUCUCUCUUUGGCUACAGUGUUGGACUCGGCAAUAUCUGGAGGUUCCCCUACCUUUGCAUGAGAAAUGGGGGAGGUGCAUUUCUCAUCCCUUUUUUCAUCUGUCUGAUCUUUUGCGCAGUCCCUCUGUAUUUUCUGGAGGUAUCCCUGGGACAGUUUACAGGAAAGAGUCCAGUGAUAGUGUGGUCCAUAUGUCCUCUUUUUAAAGGACUCGGUUGGCUUAUGAUGACAAUCUCCUUUAUUAUGACCUGGUAUUACAACUUGGUGAUGUCUUGGGUCAUUUAUUAUUUUGUCCAUGCAUUCUUCCCCAAGAUUCCAUGGUCAACGUGUGAUAACUGGUGGAACACGGAUCACUGCAUCGUCAGUCAUAAGGACAGACUGACACUGAAUAAAACCGCUGAUGGAGUCAAUCAAUCCUUCGCAGGACUGCUGGCAAACGAGUCUACUAUUUCCUACAAAUACAACACUACUUAUGUUAAUCGAAGUUUGACUUAUAAUACGGCAGCAUACGAGUUUUGGGAGUUUAAUGUUCUGAGGAGUUCCAAAGGCAUUGAAGAGCUGGGUUCUGUUCAGUGGCAUCUGGUUUUGGUGUUACUUGCCGCCUGGGUCUUAACAUUUUGUUGUUUAAUUAAAGGCGUGCGUUCGCUAGGAAAGGUUGUAUAUGUGACGGUCAUUUUACCGUACAUUCUCCUGGCAGUCAUUCUUAUACGAGGUUUGACGCUAGAUGGCUCAACAGAUGGGAUUCUUUUUUACAUAAAGCCUGAUUUUUCCAAAGUUUUCAAUUUUCAAGUGUGGUUGGAGGCAGGUAUGCAAGUAUUUUAUUCGCUUGGCGUGGCCUGGGGUGGGGUCAUUACAAUGUCCAGUUACAAUCGUUUCACCAACCAGUGUAUUAAGGAUGCGUGGAUGGGUACUUUAGCCGACGGGCUGACGAGUUUCUACGCUGGGUUUGUUGUUUUUUCCAUUCUGGGAUUUAUGGCUAAAGAUGUAGGCCUUACAAUGGAAGAAAUUUCUAUAUCAGCAACUGGACCGGGACUUGUGUUUGUUGCGUACCCGGAAGCACUGAUGAAACUACCGAUGCCCCAUCUGUGGGGAGUGCUGUUUUUCUUUAUGUUGAUUGCGGUUGGCGUGGACAGUCAGUUUGCGAAUGUAGAGACGGUUUCUAGUGGUGUGGCUGACAUAUUUCCAAAGCAACUGAAUUCACACAGAGUUCUUUUAACGGCAUUUUUGUGUACUAUUUUCUUUGUGUUGGGAAUUCCUUUAACAACAAACGGUGGGAUUUACAUAUUCCAGCUGAUAGAUUGGUACGCCGCAAGUUUAUGCAUUACGUUUGCGGCCCUCUCAGAGUGUAUCAUAAUAUCCUGGAUCUACGGCGCAGAACGUUUUAAUCGGGAUAUAGAGAUGAUGAUAGGGAAAUCAAUCCCCUUAAUAAUGAGAAUCGGCUGGUGCUUGAUUACUCCGAUUUUCAUGUUGGCCCUCUUUUUGACAAUAUGUGCCAAGUACGGUCCUCCUAACUCGGCUAGCUACACGUAUCCUGACUUCGCCAUUGCCAUCGGCCAGUUUUUCGCCAUUCUACCAAUGUUACCGGUUCCUAUUGCGAUAAUUUGGGGACUCGUUCAUUCUGAAGGAACAUUUCUGCAGAGGAUUAAAACCCUCGCUCGUCCGGAUUCAAGCUGGGGGCCCAACAGCAAACGUCACUGGCAGACGUACAAAGUGUAUGAAUACAGAGGAGGCGUUGUAGACAGAAUCCGGGUCAAUUUGCUGGGGGACCGUCGCCGAUAGACUGAAAGACCAAGGAAGGACACACCAUGGAAAGUGCUGGCUAUUAUUUGGCUGUAAAUCUUUACCCAAAUAUCUGGAAGCUUGGUUGUUAUCUGUAUAUCAAAAAGUAAAAAAUUGAACUCUGUGUAUGAUUUGAGCGCUUAUUUUCAUUUUCAUUCUGCUUAUUUCAGUCGAUAACUAGGUUUUCAAAUAUUCAUUACAAUGCCUGUUUGGAAUCCUUUUAUCCUUUAAAAUAAAAGAAAAUCAAUUAAAAAUGUGGAACUCAAAGUCUGAUUUUAAUAAAAUUAUGUUUUCAAUGCUCUAGA